UUCGUCGUGCGUAGCAUUUAUGGAUAGCGGACGUGUAUUUAAGUUUUGUUGUGUCGCGGGAAAAAUCGAUCGAUAAGUUGUACAUUUCACUAAUCAGCGAGUUUAUUUUUGUGAUUAAAAUUGAUGAUGAUAUAUGGGUUUUAAAAUGACGACAUUAAAAAUGCAUUUGUGUUUAUUUUUUUGCUUGUCUUUAAUUAUUUACGCAUCCAGUGAAUUCGUAUGGAAGCAUCAUAAUAAUGAAGAAUUAAUACAAGUUUUGGAGGAAGUUCAUGAGAAAUGCCCGAAUAUUACUAGGGUUUACUCUCUUUCUGAACCGUCUGUCCGUAAUGUUCCUCUAUAUGUAAUCGAAUUUUCGGACAAGCCUGGAUUCCAUCAAGCUUAUAAACCCGAGGUUAAAUACAUUGGAAAUAUUCAUGGAAAUGAAGUGCUUGGUCGGGAAUUGCUGUUAGGUUUGGCAAAUUAUUUGUGCGAUCAGUAUCUGUAUGGGGACCGCAGUAUUGUUGCUCUUAUACAUAGUACUCGUAUUCAUCUUCUCCCAUCAAUGAAUCCAGAUGGAUGGCAGUUAGCCACAGAUACGGGUGGUCAAGAUUUUUUAAUAGGCCGCAAUAACAACCAUUCUGUUGACUUAAACAGAAAUUUCCCUGAUUUAGAUGCUAUAACAUUUGAGUUUGAACGUCAGGGAGUCAAUCAUAAUAAUCACUUGUUGAAAGAUUUGGCUCGCCUUGCAGAACCUUUGGAGCCGGAGACCCGUGCUGUAAUGCGUUGGAUAAUGUCCAUCCCGUUUGUGUUGAGCGCGGCUAUGCAUGGUGGCGAUUUAGUGGCUAACUAUCCUUACGAUGCCAGCCGGAGCGGAGCACCCAUGUCGGAGUACUCUGCAAGUCCCGAUGAUGACACUUUCAGGGAGCUGGCCUUGACAUAUGCGACUGCGCACGCGGAUAUGGCUUCAGCUGCGAGGAGAGGAUGUCACACUUCCAGUUCAGAAGGUUCCUCAUACAAUUUCGGCAGGCAAGGCGGGGUUACCAAUGGCGCGGCUUGGUAUAGUUUGAAAGGAGGCAUGCAAGAUUUCAAUUAUCUAGCUACGAAUGCAUUCGAGAUCACCCUUGAACUUGGUUGUGAGAAGUAUACGGCAGAGGAGAACUUGGCUCGGGAGUGGGAGAGGAACCGCGAGGCGCUGUUAGCUUACCUUUGGAAGGCGCACGUGGGGGUGAAGGGGCUCGUCAGCGACGACUCUGGUUUCAUACAAAAUGCGGUGAUAUCCAUCGUCAAUAUAACCGGACAUUCGCCACGACCGAUACGCCACGAUGUUACUACAGGCGUGUUCGGAGAUUACUACCGCCUCCUCACACCGGGGCACUACGAGGUGACAGCUCACCACCCCGGCUACUUCCCGGUGUCGCGCGUGGUCACCGUGCCGCACUAUCAGAACAGCGCCGUCGUGCUCAACUUCAGGCUCGAGCCAACAUCGAAUUGGUUCGAUGAUGUGACAGAGUUCGGUCAGUUCCCGCACGGCCGCGGCGGGCAGGCGCGUAUCUACAAGAGGUCCAUCUUCGACACAGUCGUCAAUACCAUGCUAGAUAAGAAACCCAAAGAUUAAACGUCACCGGACUCUUUGAACACAGACAUAAAUCUUGCUAGACUGCGUGAGGGGAUCUACUUAGUGUUGCAAAAUGGUUUUUAACAAGUCAACCUCACAACUCAACACAUUCGAAAGUGUUUAAUUCUGUAUGUGAGGAGCGCAAUUAAUAAAUUAAUGUAGUGACCUGCAUCUGUAAAACAUACCAUAAAAGUUGGCUGAAAUAGGAAACUAUCAUUUAUUUCGCCUAGUUCACUUUACAGUAGGAAGAAAAAACUUAUCAUUCGUGUACAUUAACUGGCGGUAUCUGCUUGAUCUAUGUCUGUGUUUAAUAUUUUUUAAGAAACCUGGAUCAUGAAUGAAUGUGCGAGUUAUUUGUAUUAAUCAAAAAACCAAUGCGUGCGUUUCCUCACUUGAAGUGAAUAAUUAGCACGGAUUGUAAAUCAUAAUUAUUAUCAACAAUUUAAUUAGGUGUAUAAAAACUGAAUGGAUAUUUAUUAAUCAAUAUUUAAAUAUCUAUUUCAUUAAUGUAGCGUACAAUGCUGUAAAUAGGGAUUUCAUGAGAAAAUAAUUAUUACUUUUGAGGUUAUUGUCUUAUGGUAUCCUUCUAUUUACUUCAUAUUCAUAUCUAUAUAUUAAAUUAUUCAUCCAUGUUAUAAUCAUUCACAGGAAAAUGUAUUCAGGGACAUAUAAACGUAAGGUAGUCCUUCACACGAACUUUCCUUAACCUAUCUCUUCGAGUGCCAUAGAAAUAGUUGAAAUCAUUUUGUAGUUCACUUAUUUUUACAUUAAUUUGAUUUAGAAAAAGAAUUUGUUCGUAUGUAAUUUUAUUGUGUUCUUAACAUUUUACAAGUUUCUAGUCCUACUUUACCUGUUUAUUUUGUAAGCUGUAUGUAUAUAAUGAUAAGUAGUGUUUGUGUAGUCAAUGAAUAUUAAAUAUACUAUUUUAUAACUUUAAGGUUAAUUCUUUGUAGUAAAAUUAAAAUGACAUAACUUCGAUAUCUGUUGGGAACUGUGGCCGUAGUGUUCCAUCUGAGAUAAGACAACGUAAAACUAAGGAAACAUUCUUAAAUGUAUCACUUGAAUCUGUUUUCCCUUUUAUGAGCAAAUAAUUAAUUAAUUUGUCGAUAUGAAUCUUAUUAUAAUACCUACCUAUAUUUUUAAUUAAUUCAAUGAAAAUGAACUUACGGUAACUUUCCUAGGAAAUGAUGAAGGAAAAAAUUUCUUAAAGUUUAAACAAAAUGUAAAACUUUAAUAAGUGAAAUAAAUUAAUGCCAACAUUAUUAUCUAUAAAUCUAUUUGUGUAACAGUGUUAAACACUAAUAAAGU